CACUGUGCUUCAUUUUCCCGCUCACUACACUGCACGCGCUUGCAUGCAAAAGUCUGCCCUCUUGUACACAACACAGUGCAGUCCCAUACGGUCGUUACCAUAGCAACGGCUCUAACAAAAACACCAACAAAUCGAACUUUUUCUUCAUCAGCGCAACCUUGCAUUGGUUUCGCGCGCUGCUUUUACCUUCACGAAUUCUUUUUUCCCUUCUUUUGGUGAAAAUUUCGUGUUUGUGUGUUUAGGUGUUUCAUUUCGCCCGUUUAAAAAUGGUAGCACGACGUAUCCUCGUCUGCCUACGCUGACCUAAACCUUGUGUACGCGAGUGUGUGUGUGUGUGGCAAUCACAAUUUGCGUGUAGAUAACAUCGUCGCAAAUCGCGUACAUUAUCCCAUCGUCGUUCUGGGUGUUACACCAGUUCGGUGCAGUUGGUAAAAUCGAAUCGAAGCACCGAAUCUACUGCGAACGGAUGGGAAAAGAUACGGUGCGCGAGAAGGACAUCGCCGCAAUGGCGGGCAGUAGCAGAAGGUCUGGUCGUCCGGUCAGUGCUUCCCCGUACUCGGAAAACUAUCGGCCCCCGAUCGAUCUCUGCCAGCGUCAUCUGAUCAACCAUCGGCUGAUGGUGUCGAAGUUGACACGCCGCGAGCUGGAGGACAAGUAUCUUAGCUUGUGCGACGAAAACUACACCAUCAAGAAACGGUUCCUGGAGCAGGAGGAACAGAUCAAGCGGUUGAAAACAAAGCUCACACGCUUGUCAAACGAGAGUAAUAAUCGAUCGAAAUCGCGCCUCGAUAUGGCCUCCAGCGAACACUACAGCAGACUUCACGAUCUGGAGCUCCAGCGGCGAGAACUGCACGAAAAGCUGGAAGCACUACGUCGUGCAACGUCCAUCGAAGGGCAAAGGAUGCAAAGUGUCACCAAGGGCAACAGCACUGCAAGGACAAGCGCUGUGAAUCAACGUCGCUCCAAGAGUGCACGUCCAGCAAAAGAUGCGGAUGCGGGUCGUCGAGAGUGCAAAUCUUCGUCGCCCUCGAAUGAUGGUUACGAUGAGGAGGAUGAUCGUCACCAUCGUCCGGUAGGACGUCCCAGUACGGACGAUCGAACGGAGGACGACGAUGAUGAUAGUGCUGAUAGGGCGGUGCAUCGUAACAAUCACCGGAAGUCGUACGGUGCGGACGAUGAAGACGAGGAUGACGAUGAGGAACAUGGUGUCGUGGCCGGUGUAGAUGAGGAUCGGGACGUACUGUCCGGAGACAGUGAUGAUCUAAACCAGAGCGAACGAGAGUCAGGUAGAGUUGAAGGUAAAGGUGGAAUCGUUGGAGUACCAAGUACCAAGAUGAUUGCUAAGGAUCGCCGCCAUGGUACAGCAAAAUCCAAGGCCCGUCAGGUCCAGUGCCCGGACUGUGAGCGCCAUCGUACCGAGCAGCUAACGCGUGAAACAGACCUCGUCAAAAUGAAGCUAAACAUCAAAUAUCUUCACAAGGAGCUGCAAAACGAAAAGGAAAAGAGCACACUGCUGGCACGACAGCUGGAGGAGAAGCUGUCGUACGAAAUUAUGAAGCGCAACGCGACAGAAAACCUCGAAAUACUUAACCUCAACCGACAGGUGGAGGAUCUCGCGAAGGAACUGCAGCGACAGGUGGACGAACAGAAGCGCUCAAUGGAGCACGAGAUGCGGAAGCAAGGUGAUCUUGAAGCCCAAAUACGCAAAGAGAAAGACAAAAAUGCUUCCCUGUUUGAAGAAUGCGAACGUUUGAAGAAAAACAUCGAAAAGCUUAAGGAAAAUAUGUCUGAAGUGGAGAUUGAGCGAGACUUUCUGAAGCGCCAACAGGAAAACUUUACCAAAAUUGUGGACGAAAACAAGCUGCUCAAGUACCAGCUGGACGAACUGCGGAAACACAACGAGGAGUUGCUAAGACAGAUUGAUACGCUGAAGGAGGAGGAACUCGUUACGAAAGAAUCCCAACGCGAGUUGUUGGAAAAGCUAAAGACGUUACAGCAGGAUAAUGAUACGCUCUCGGUGAUGCUGGAAGGCUUGCGCACCGAGAACGAACUGCUGGCAGAGGAAAGAACACAGCUCGAGCACAGUCUCAAGAGUUUGGAAGCCUCACCCAUUAAAGAAGUUCGUCCCGUAUCGCCGACACGCCCGUCGAUGAGUGUGUCGGUACAGACUGAACACUAUCAAGCGGAAAACGGUACUCCAAUCUCUGAGACCUUUGAACCAGGAAAAGUUUUUCUCAAGGAACCUUCGCCCGUUGAACGAAGUGUAAAAACAAUGCAUGAACGUGAACCCUUUACGUUGGCUCCGACACCGCUGUCCAGACGUUCGUCAGUAGCCGCACGUAUGAGUCGGGAAAGGCAUGCUUACGAAGCGGCCGAUGCUGCUCAGCAGUUGUUCCGGCAGGUGAGCGUCAGCCAGAUGAUACCGAAGCUGUCGCAAAUCAUGAACAAUCGUACCGAUGAGCCACCAAAGCCAAAUAAUGUUGAGCUGUUAAUAGCGAACAGUUACCCUGAAACAUUGGAGAAAUCGUUGCGGGAGAAUGAACAAUUCUACACAUUACAAAGUGCAGCACGGCGGGGAAAUACUGACCGAGGGUCAAUAACAUCUUCUGUAUCAGAAAAAAAGCGCAUUUCCUUCCGGGAUGCUGCCAGCUUGAGUGAACCACGACUGAAAGAUGGGGAUCAUUCGGUUCAGGAAAAUUACGCCCGAUUCUUCAACAUACAGCGUAUUCCCUCGAUGUGGCACAAGAUAGCGGAGAAUCCACUUCCAACCACGUCCUCCAUACCAAAUCAAAUAUUUAAAAUUAAGCGUUCCAGCGACGAUAUGCUAACGAUUGAGAUACGAUCCGUACGGUGGAACGAAUCAGCCGUCGAGCGAUUGCUGGAAGCCAAGGUGUCGCUAUACUAUGUAGAGUUUACCUUUCUCGAUCUUUAUGGGCAUCGAUUGGAAACACCCCAUUCGGCAUCGUUCAUUACUAAUCAGGGUGAAGUACGGCUAGAGCAUACAUUCAACUUUCGGGUAAAUAUCGAACUAGACACAAAACACCACGCAGAACGUCGCGAGGAACUGAAGAAAAUGCUUCUACCGGAUGGUAACGAUGCGGUACGAUUUGUAGUUGUGAAUGAGAAUCGCUCUACAGAUUUUGAUGUGGGACAUUCCAGUGAGGAUAUAGGAUACUCUUCCAUUAAACUUCGUAACGAGUUGCGGAAAGCAUCGACACAGAACGAGUCGGAACUGUUUGUCGAAGCACCGAUCUAUGAUUUUGGUCAUGAACACGCAGAACUGGGUAUACUUACGAUUAAAUUCGACAACAUCAAACUACUGUUGCCACUGAUGCCGAAUGGCUCUUUGUAGCACG